UUCCUAAUGGCGUAUUUCGAGAUCAACAUCAUGCCUUUGAGCUUCAAUAGCAAAUGCAUUACUUUUUCAGAAUGGAUCGCGUUAUUUACACUUUGUCUCGCGCCACUAAUAGCUCACGUAGCUUCAGGAGCACCUGCGAUAUCAUAUCUCACGGAUCGUCGACUCAAAUGGUACGAUCACAUCUGUAUUUACAACCCCACAUCUAUCAUUUGGCGCUACGCUGCCAUUACGGACCGGCGAAUUCGUGCUAUAAAUUGGAGUCGGCAAGACUUUGCGGCUAGUAACGCGAUAUUCUGGACCUCGAACGGAUGGGACGGCAGUGAACACAUGGCCUCUGCUACUGCGCAAUACUGCUUACGAUAUCCGGAAACUACACACGCAAGGCCCCUUUCGUUGACAACCCUAAAGACCGUCAUUACAACGUUGCAGGGAAUUUCAGCCCUUAUGAUUUUGAUUGGAGCCAUUACUGGGUCUUCGAUGCUUCCUGAUCGUGUCGGAUUCGGCGUUGAUACAAUCUUCUUCCCGCUUGCGAUCUUGGGACUUUUGCGACUGUCCGCUGCCGCAUGGUUGACAGAAGACUACGUUUAUCAGGAUUAUGGGCAGCGGGCAGACUCUAUGUGGGAGAUGGCUUCGCAAAGUUCAUCGAGGCCUGUUGAUAAAGACAGCGAGAUCAAUGCCCAUGAAUCUCGUACUGGGCGAGACCCGCUACUAGUAUCGAGGUUUCAAUCCGCCGGCUUUAGAUCUCCUGAAUCCUCCUGGGGCAGCCGUAUAUUUCGCUUCAUCUUUCUGGGCAUACUUUGGGCGGUUUGGGUGUUGGCGGUUUUCUGCAUUGUACCAAGUAUCGGUGGCGGAGUGGCAUACUAUACCACUACUUCUUUCUUACUCAGUUUGUAUUAUUUCAUGUUUACCACUGUAACUGCCGCCAUUUAUACCCUGUUCUUCUUCCGAGGUAAGACGACAAACACGAUAUUACCGUGCAUAUCCAGCACAUGGUACAGGCUCUACACUAUUUUGUUCACGGGUCUUAUGAUCGGCCUUGUUGUCAUUGCGAGCAUAGAAACAAGCAAGACUGUCGAUGGGAGCUACAGCAGUUGGGAGCCAAUGGAAAAUCUUGGAUGUUUGGGCUCCAGUGAUUGGUGGUUUAUAGGGCCAUCAUCUCAGAUAAUGGGCUUUGCAUCCAGGAAGGAGUCGGACGAAAAAUGGCUGACGCAUGAUCAAAAAAGCGUACCAGUGGUUAGGGUAAAUGGGACUAACUCAUCUGCCCCAGAGGAGUUUUGGUUGUACAAUUUCACGGGCUAUUGUGUAGGACAAACGUACUAA